AUGGAAGCCGAAUACUUGAGGAGCGAGACCGCCUUUCUGGAAGAGUUGGUGUUUGGAAGUGGAGAUACCAUUGAACUUUCCUGUAACACCCAAGGCUCUUCUGUGUCUGUUUUCUGGUUUAAAGAUGGUAUCGGGAUUGCACCUACCAACAGAACUCAUAUUGGGCAAAAACUGUUGAAGAUAAUCAAUGUGUCAUAUGAUGACUCGGGGCUGUACAGUUGCAAGCCAAGGCAUUCCAACGAGGUCCUGGGAAACUUUACAGUCAGAGUUACAGAUUCACCUUCGUCAGGUGAUGAUGAAGAUGACGACGAUGAGUCAGAAGAUACAGGUGUCCCCUUCUGGACUCGGCCAGAUAAGAUGGAGAAGAAGCUGCUGGCAGUUCCCGCCGCCAACACCGUUCGCUUCCGAUGCCCGGCGGGUGGAAACCCAACUCCUUCCAUUUACUGGCUGAAAAACGGCAAGGAGUUUAAGGGAGAGCACAGGAUUGGGGGCAUCAAGCUGCGGCACCAGCAGUGGAGUUUGGUGAUGGAGAGUGUCGUGCCGUCGGACCGAGGAAAUUACACCUGCGUGGUGGAGAACAAGUACGGCAACAUUAGGCACACGUACCAGCUUGAUGUGUUAGAACGGUCACCCCACCGACCAAUCCUGCAAGCAGGGCUCCCUGCCAACCAGACCGUGGUGGUAGGGAGCAAUGUAGAGUUCCACUGCAAGGUCUACAGUGAUGCCCAGCCUCACAUACAGUGGCUGAAACACGUGGAAGUCAACGGCAGCAAGUAUGGACCUGAUGGGACGCCCUAUGUCACUGUGCUGAAGUCUUGGAUCAGUAAAAACGCUGAAGCCGAUGCUAACCUAAAUCUGUUCAAUGUGACAGAACAAGAUGAAGGAGAAUAUCUGUGUAGAGCCAACAAUUUCGUAGGCAUAGCCGAAAAACCAUUUUGGCUCCACAUUCGCAAACCAAAACCAGCAGAGGAGCUGAUGGAAAUGGAUGAUUCAGGCUCAGUGUACGCUGGCAUUCUCAGUUACGGCACUGGCUUUGUUCUCUUCAUCCUGGUGCUGGUCAUUGUGAUUAUCUGCAGGAUGAAAAUGCCAAACAAAAAAGCCAUGAACACCCCCACUGUACAGAAAGUCUCCAAAUUUCCACUCAAGAGACAGGUGUCGUUGGAGUCCAACUCUUCCAUGAAUUCCAACACCCCCCUGGUCCGGAUCACGCGUCUCUCCUCCAGCGACGGGCCAAUGCUGGCCAACGUCUCGGAGCUGGAACUGCCUCCGGAUCCCAAGUGGGAAUUGGCACGGUCUCGCCUGACCUUGGGGAAGCCUCUCGGCGAGGGAUGUUUUGGCCAAGUGGUGAUGGCAGAAGCAAUUGGGAUUGAUAAGGACAAGCCAAACAAGGCCAUCACAGUAGCUGUCAAGAUGUUAAAAGAUGAUGCCACAGACAAGGACCUUUCUGACCUGGUUUCUGAGAUGGAAAUGAUGAAAAUGAUUGGGAAACAUAAAAACAUUAUUAACCUCCUCGGUGCCUGCACACAGGACGGACCGCUCUACGUGUUGGUGGAAUACGCAUCAAAGGGGAACUUGCGAGAAUACCUCAGGGCACGUCGCCCACCUGGCAUGGACUAUUCUUUCGACACCUGCAAGCUGCCUGAGGAGCAGUUGACAUUUAAAGAUCUGGUUUCCUGUGCCUACCAGGUGGCCCGGGGCAUGGAGUACUUGGCAUCUCAGAAAUGCAUUCAUCGCGACUUGGCAGCCAGGAACGUGUUAGUCACUGAAGACAAUGUGAUGAAAAUAGCUGAUUUUGGCCUCGCUAGGGACGUUCACAACAUUGACUAUUACAAGAAAACCACCAACGGUCGGCUGCCUGUGAAAUGGAUGGCUCCAGAAGCCUUGUUUGACCGGGUCUACACUCACCAGAGCGAUGUCUGGUCUUUUGGAGUGCUACUAUGGGAGAUCUUCACUUUGGGAGGGUCUCCAUACCCGGGAAUUCCCGUUGAGGAACUCUUCAAACUCUUGAAGGAAGGCCAUCGGAUGGACAAACCCGCAAACUGCACCCAUGAUUUGUACAUGAUCAUGCGGGAGUGCUGGCACGCUGUCCCCUCACAGCGGCCCACCUUCAAGCAGCUGGUGGAAGACCUGGACAGGGUCCUCACCGUGACGUCCACCGAUGAGUACCUGGACCUCUCGGUGCCCUUCGAGCAGUACUCGCCAGCCGGCCAGGACACUCACAGCACCUGCUCCUCAGGGGACGACUCGGUCUUUGCACAUGACCUGCUGCCCGAUGAGCCCUGCCUGCCCAAGCACCCCCCCUGCAACGGCGUCAUCCGGACGUGAGGAUCCCC